AUGCAACCACACCGAAACAUUUACGUGGUGUACUAUGUUCCGCAGUUUCCAGUCGACGAGGUUCUCCUCACUGACCUCAACCAUUCGCACUUGGUGUCCCCCUUUGGAGAUUGGGCGAUGAAAGAGGACACAGGUGAGGAGUCUCCUAUCAGAGCCGACAUUUCACAGGGUUUCCGCUUGGUGGUGCUACUUCGCCUAACGGUGGAGAAGGCAUCAGGGUACAAGUGGGUAAAGAAGACUUUCUAUGUUCCCUUCUUGCUGAACACGGGAUCUCCACAAACCUUCCUUUGCAAAGGCCACUACGACAAGCUUGGCAUCGGCGAUGCUCGAAACACGUACAUCGAGGGCUCUUUUGCAAAUCCCUGCAUUUCUUCGGGGCAAUUUGAGGACAUCAACUACUAUCAAGCGGGCCACAUCUCGCAACAAAUGUUCCGAGCGCCGUCGCUUUCCCGGAAUUGA